AUGGAGCCGCUGCCGCUGCUCGCCCAGCCCACGUUCUGCAUGUUGAUGCUUGCGACGACUAUCCCGAAGGCGAUUGGCAUGAAUGGGCUCUACCUGGUGCUCCGUACCGUCGCUGUUCGGCCGACGCCGACCUUCCCGAACAAGCUCUUCCUGAUGCUGAUUCGUUUCUGCAUGCUGCGGCUGGCGACGGGCACGGUUGGACGGUUCCUGGCGCGCUGCACCUUCGCCGUUCGGACCUCCUCCAGCUUCGAUGCUGCUGCUCGUCUCUCAAUGGCCUGGCAGGCGAAUUUGCAUGCCCCACUUCGGAGCUUCCACAUGCUGAUUGUGCCGUUCUGCCGCUCGGAGUUGCGGAUGAUGCGCAUGACGCUGAGGCACCCACCGCCCGUCAUUGUAGCCCAGUCCCCCAUCCUUGGCACGCUCCAUCCCGUUCCUCGCCGCUUCCUCCCAUGUGCCCUUCGCCCCCCGCCCUUCCCACCAUCCCUGCGUUUCCCUCGUUCCCGACUGCAGCUCAUGACUUACGUCCCUCCGCGCACCGCGUAUGGCCCCAUGCUGGCGGCCAGAGCGUCGAGCGUACAAAGUGCAUCCUGA